AUGAAGGUCGACUGGACGAAGGUCAAUCAGCCGGACAUUGUGUUCCAACGGUUCGCAAGCCGGCGAUCGCAGGUUUACGCCACGAAGGGCAUGGUUGCGGCGUCGCAGCCGCUUGCGGUGGAGGCUGGGCUGGAGAUCCUGCGGAAGGGGGGCAACGCGGCUGAUGCGGCCGUCGCUGUCUCUGCCGCGCUCAACGUCUCCGAGCCCAGCUGCUGUGGCAUCGGCGGCGACGCCUUCUGUCUUUUCUACGAUGCGCAGAAGAAGACCGUUCAGGCCAUGAAUGGCUCUGGGCGCGCUCCCGCGAAGCUGUCUAUCGAGUACAUGCGCGAACGGGGCGUAACUGGGCGAUCUAUCCCAGUCACCGACCUCAACAGCGUGACCGUACCAGGUGCGGCGGCCGCGUGGGUCGACACCGUCGAGAAGUUCGGUAGUGGAACGGUCACAAUGGCAGAGGUUCUGGACCCAGCCAUCAGGCUCGCGGAGGAAGGGGUGCCCGUGUCCGAGAUCCACGCAUUCGCCUGGAAACGAUCAGAGGACCUGAUCAAGAAUGCCUCUCCGAACGCGGACGAGAUGCUUCUGAACGGGAAGGCACCGCUCCCCGGACAAAUAGUACAGCUGCCUAACCUCGCGAAGACGUUCCGCGCCCUCGCCGAGCAGGGCAAGGAUGGCUUCUACAAAGGGCGCGUAGCUGAGGCGAUCGUCGAGCUCAUCCAAAGCAAGGGCGGUGUCAUGGAACUUGAAGAUCUGGCGAAACACGAAACAUCAUUCGUGGAGCCCAUCAGCUACAAUUUCCACAAUGAAGUGACCCUCUACGAGUGCCCUCCGAACGGUCAAGGCAUUACGGCCUUGAUGGCUCUGGGUAUCCUAGAGCAGAUGGAAGCGCAAGGCAAGAUCAAGUCAUUGCUCGAGAUGGAGCACAACUCUGCCGAGUACCUCCAUGCACUCGUCGAGUCCCUUCGCUUGGCAUUCGCAGACAGCCAGCACUACGUCACCGAUCCAGACGUUCUAACCAUCCCCGUCAAGGAGAUGCUGGGCAAGGAAUAUCUCGCUACUCGGGCACGGUUGUUUGAUCCAGAAAAAUGCAACCACAAUGUCGUCCACGGAAACCCCAUGUUCUCAUCCGACACGGUCUACUUCUCUGUAACGGACCGAUGGGGCAACGCCUGCAGCUACAUCCAGAGCAACUAUGCCGGCUUCGGCACUGGAGCUGUCCCGAAGGGCUGUGGGUUCACUCUGCAGAACCGUGGUAGCAACUUCUACCUGACCCCUGGUCACCCCAACGCACUGCAGGGUGGCAAGCGCCCAUACCAUACCAUUAUUCCUGCGAUGGCGCUGCGUGGUGAUGAACUCUUCCUCUGCUACGGCGUCAUGGGUGGAUUCAUGCAGCCCCAAGGUCACGUCCAAGUUCUGCUCAACAUGCUCCGCGGGUUCACGGCGCAAGCCUCGCUCGACGCCCCGCGCUUCUGCAUCUCAGCCGGGAGCCCCGACUCGCUUGCGGGUGGGCAGGCAGGCGACGUCAACAGCGAAGUAUACUUCGAGGAUGGUAUCGCUACCGAGGUUGUCGACAAGCUCCGCGCGAUGGGACACGACGCGCGCACGGUGACCGGCGCCGGACGUGGUAUGUUUGGGCGCGGACAGGUCAUCCAGAAAAUUGUCGACCCGUCGGGGAAGACCGUCUGGGGUGCUGGGUCGGAUAUGCGCGCGGACGGGCAUGCCUCGCCUCAGAUCUAG